AUGUCAACAGAAUCGAAAAACAUCGUUCGCCUCCGAGCAGGCGUCGAGCACGAGCUUGUUUUCAGACACUCGGACUUGAAACCCACAGAUUCCCCCUGCUCACAAGAGGAUCUCAAAGCAAGGCAAUGGAUAGCAAAGAAGCUCCACGAUGUUGAUGGCAUCUCCGUCGAUCUAAACGUCGCCGACACAAAAGUUCGUGCGACAUCAGCCGUGUACGAGUCAGACUGGACAUUGCCGUACGAAUCGGGACUCAACGUUUCGGAACAUGCUACUACGAGCGGCUACUAUGAUCUCGAGUUAGCCUCGCCAGUAGCGGACAUCAGCAGUAUGGAGUGGAUCAAACAGACUCAGGCUAUCUUCGCAAUGUUUCGCGACAAGAAAAUCAACGUCCUAGUACCGGCUGAUACCUGCGCCACUCACGUCCAUAUUUCACCCUUACAUGUCGAGUGGGACUUAAACGCCCUCAAAUCUGUUUCCAAGGCAAUCAUAUACUACGAGCGAUGUAUUGAUGCGCUUAUUGACAAGAGGCACCUCAGCAGCAGCUGUUGCAAGGAUUCAAACUUUGCGAGUGUGCUAUACCAGAGCGAUGUCCCUGAAGAUCUUUACAAUAAAACCUUCACAACAGAGUCGAAUGAUGGUACUGCCAGUCCGCAACAAGAUUUGAUGAGCAUGCUUUGGAAGAAAAUUGAUCAGUGUUCUGAGAAGAUAAGCUACACGGGUGACGCUGAUAUACUGACAUCUUCUAAACGAGAAACUCCCGAAAUCACUAGGAAUCACCGCUGGAACUUCCGACCCCUUCUCGAUGAGAGUGAGAUGACGCAUGUUGCUGUGGAUGGUUCUCCGCAUGUGCUAGGCACGAUAGAAUUCAAGCAACCUGAAGGAUCUGAUACAGCUGACAAAGCGAUUGGGUGGAGAUUGUUCGCAACGGGCUUUGUGCAGGCGGCUUUGUGUUGUAAAUCUGGCGACAUCAUCGCAGCAGAAGUACCGACAGUCAAAGAGUUGCAGGGUUUCGUUGAGCAAGGCGUCGAUGCGAAUGGAUGUGAUACCAAGAGGGUGAAGGUUGUCUUUGAGCGAAAUUCUGGGGCUGAGCCAACGAAUAUUGAAUUCUACAAAGCUGGAAAGGAAAACUUCGAGGAGUAUAGAAUUACCCGUGGGGACGGAAGUCUAUCGUCUGAUUUGGAGGACUGGGAAGUUCCUGUGCCCCAGUAA